UUAUCGAGAAGGUAAACACGCUUAAAGAGCUUUCUAAUUACUCAAACACGCUUGAAGAGCUUUCUAAUUGUUCUUUACUAAAAUCAUCAGAAGCAGGAGUGACUAAUUACUCAAGAAAGAUGGUGUCGUCUCGAAUCGUAGACUUAGACGAGAAUGUCGAUUGUCAUAAAACGGAAUCGAUAUCGGAGAUGACGUUCGCUGCGGGAGAAGAGCCCGUCUGAGUUCGUGUUCUCACCUAUCAAUCAUCACGCGCCAUAAAAAGGAUUGUCAAUGCUUUAGAAGAUGAAGAAGUCGGAGUGAUACGGGAGUCCUCUUUUGGUAAAAUAAUCGAAAUAGCGAAAAAGCCUGCUUUUUCAAGAAGCUUCGUGAGAUACAUAAUAUCAAGACAGAUGAAGAUCAAGAAGAAACGUGGAGUAUGGUUUAGGUUUGCGGGGCAGCGUAUAUGGUUUUUGUUGAAAGAGUUUGUGAUUGUCACUGGACUACCUUAAAGCAACUAUCAUGGAGAAACCGUAUUUUCAUGCUUUGUUUGGGAAAGUGGAGGAUGUUACAGUAUCAUAUGUUAUCAAGAUGCUUCGCCGCAGAACCGUCACAGAAAGAGAAAUCCGGAUUAAGUUUGUGUGUUUGGCUCUUCUAUCUUCCGUCCUGUUGCUUACAAACCUGAAUAUGAAAAUUUCCAGAGAGUAUGCUGAGGCAUUGAAGAUCUUGAUGAUUUACGUAUCCAUGGAGUAAGCAAUUAGGAGCUCAAAAGCAAAUUUAUAUAGGACCCCUGUUCGAAAACGCGGCCGCCUAGCCGCCUAUGCGGCCGCCUAGGCGUGACUCGGAGCUUAGCCGUGGGGAGGAGGUAUAAAUCGGUGACUAAAAUCGGUUGGCCGUAGAAGUCCGCGUUGUCCGCGUAAAUGGGAAACGCGGCCGCGUAGUUUAACUCGGUCAUGAACUCGACAUUAAAAAUUUUGAUUAUUAACAAUUGACAAUUGCCCACUAAAUCCAAAAAAUGGAUGCUGAGCCCAUAAAAAAACUUAGUUUAAUAUUUGUUUGGCCCAAAACUAACUCACGUUCAUAUACAUUUGGGGAUUUUCUUUUUAUGAAAUAAACCCUAGAAAAGUUACGACAUAAACAAAAGGGGUUUUGAGAUGAACUCAGAGGAAAAUUGAGAGUUGGAGACGAAGUGAAGCUGAAUCUAGUUGACAACCAUCCUCUGUUCGUGAAUUCAAGGUAAUAAUCAUCUUUCUGUUUCUUUUUCGUAUAUAUAAUUGACUCAAGAUUGAAAACUCAUACUUACUGUAGUUCUUGUAUACACAAAAACAAAAACUCAGAAUCAGUUUUGGGGAAGGUUGAGUUCUGAAACUACUCAGUGUUAAAGUUUAUUGUGUUUAAUUUUUUUUAAGGUUCAAAAGGAUGAACAACCCACCAACAGAUGCAGCACCUCCUUCUCUGAAGCGAAAUUCAAAUGAUGUGGGAUGGGAAUUUGGAGUCUUAUGUGAUCCGAGAAAUUCAGACAAAGUCAAAUGCAAGUUGUGUGGAAAACAGUUCUCUGGUGGUGUUUUCAGGAUGAAAGAACACAUUGCUCAUGUGAAAGGGAAUGUCUCACCCUGCCCUGUUUCAUCUAAAGCGGAUCAAGAGAAGUGUAAGCAGGCAAUUCUUGAUGCAAAAGAGAAGAAGAAUUUGAAAAGGAAACAUGAUCAAGCAUUGAGGGCAGAGGUGAACAUAUACAAGGACAUCAAUACUGAGGAACUGGAAAAAGAGUUGGGAACUCUUAAAAGUCCUCACUUCCAAGGUCCUAUUGAUCAGUAUGCAACCUCCAUUAACCCUGAAGCUUCUUUGGCGGCACAAACACGACAACAGAGUAUCCAUGAUGCCAUAUCUAAGGAGAAGACACAUGCAGUCCGUCAAUACUGUUCUAGAUGGAUUUAUGAGGCAAAUAUUGCUUUCAACGCUAUUGACAACGACAGUUUCAGGAUGUUUUGUGAAGCGUUGGGACAGUUUGGGCCUGGUUGGGUUCCUCCAAGUCAGUAUCAGCUUAGAGAGCCAUUGUUAAAUGAGGAACAACAAAGGACCAAGGAAAAGUUGAAGAGUCUAGAAGAAGAAUGGGAUAAAGAAGGUUGCUCAGUGAUGACAGAUGCAUGGACUGAUAUGAAGAGAAGAAGCAUAAUGAAUCUGUGUGUCAACUCAAGGGGAGGUACAUGUUUUCUUUCAUCAAAAGACACUUCUAAGGAUUCUCACACGGGUGAGUACAUCUUCAAAUACAUUGACCAGUGGAUUGAAGAUAUUGGAGCUGAAAAAAUAGUGCAAGUGGUCACUGAUAAUGCUACAAACAACGUGGCAGCUGCAAAGAUGCUGAAACAGAAGAGACCAAGGAUAUUCUGGACAGGUUGUGCUGCUCACACUUUAGAUUUGAUGCUUGAGGCCAUUUCCAAACUUCCUGGUAUUGCAAAGAUAAUUGAUCAAGCAAAGGCUGUUACUAUCUUUGUAUAUGCUCAUCAUACAACACUGUCCAUGAUGAGAACAUAUACAAAGAAAAGAGAUAUCGUGAGACCAGGAGCAACAAGAUUUGCAAAAUUUUAUUUAAAUUAAUUUUCAUAAUUUUAAACUAUUAAUUGUAAAAUUAAAUGAUGGAGUAAAUUUCAAAUGAAGUA